GCUUUGCGCCGGGCAGGCCCGGUCGCCGGAGGUGUAGUGGCUGCUCGGGCCGCGGCGGCGAAGGUUUCCAGCGGUGGCAGCACUCAUGGCAGGUCGCCUGUGGCAGGCCACAGCAUUUGUGCAGAGACACAGGACACGCCUGUUGGUGGGUUCCUGUGCAGCCCUGUUUGGAGCCCAAAUCUCAUACCACCUCUUCCCAGAUCCUGUCGUCCAGUGGCUGUACCAGUACUGGCCUCAGGGCCAGCCAGCCCCACUCUCCCCAGAGUUGAAAAGGCUCUUCCAAGAGGUGCUACAGGACAUAGGUGUCCCCUCAGGCCAUUGGUAUGAAGCCUUCACUACCUUCACCUUCCAUCCUGUGAGCGCUGGCUUCCCGCGACUCCCUGCGGGGUCUGUGGUGGGCAUCCCUGCCAGCUUUCUGGUUGGCCCACUGACCAGCCCUGAUCAGCCUGUGAUUGUACAUGGGCAAAGAGUAGACUGGCAGAGUCCCGCAGGCACCCGGCUGAGAGAUGCCCUGACCCUGUCCCGUGACGCCCAGAAGUUCGCCUUGGCCAGGGAGGUGGUGUACCUGGAGAGCAGUGCAGCUGCCCUGCAGGCCUUGCCAGCCCCAGCUUGCCUGGCAGGAACCUGGGCGCUGGGCGUGGGUGCCAAGCAUGCACUGGGGCUUUAUGGAGGCCCCAUGAACUUACGGGCUGCCUUCAACUUGGUGGCAGCAGUGGCGGGCUUUGUGGCCUAUGCCUUCUCCAUGGACUCUCUCACUCAUGCCAUUGAAGCCUGGUUGGACCGCCGCACAGCUUCUCUGUCUGCAGCCUAUGCCCAGGGGGGAGUUGAGUUCUAUGAGAAGGUUCUGUCAGGCAACCUGGCCCUGCGCAGUCUCUUGGGCAGGCGUGGAGAGGAGCUGUAUACACCCAGUGGGAAUGUCGUUCCCAGACACUGGUUCCGCAUCAAACAUUUACCAUACACGACGCGCCGGGACUCUGUGCUGCAGAUGUGGAGGGCGACGCUCAGCCUAGGCCACUCCUGAGGGUCUCAUCUCAAGGGCAGCUCCAGCUCCUGCUGGAGCCACCCUUCCAUUGACUCUGGCGGGGGUGCUCAUUUGCUGCUUCUGCAUCCAUAGCCCACUGUCAGGAAAACCACAGGCUUUGGAGUUAAACAGCCUAGAUUCUACCCCAGCCCACCUCAUGUGACCUCAGUGACCUUGAGCAGUUUUUGAAUCUGAGCCUUGGUUUCCUUGGCUGUAAAGUGGAGAUGAAGUGAACUACCUGGCAGCAUUGUGCACCAGGUGAAAUACGGACAGACAUAGGAGCCAGGCAGAGCCGGCAUGCUGUAAAUAAAUAGGGCAGCUCUCCUUGGUCUUUGAGUACCAGCAGGCGAUGGGAGUCAGGUCACAUCUUAACACCAGAGGUGCCUGCAGAAUGGAAACAGUCCUACAGCAAAGAGUCACCCUGUAAAUUAGUUGGUGGUCAAAUCCUAAUUCCCUUCUAUCCUCAUAGAGAGUAAAAGCCUGGCCAGGCCUAGAUGAGAAGCCUGUGUAGGCCUGAGAGACUGGGAGAGGUGAUCUUCAGGCAGGGCUUCACGGGUGUUAUAUCCAGUGCAAAUGGCACAUGCAGACAGCCAGGUGGCCAGCAAGGCACGUGGGGCUCCUGAAGAGGAGAGGUAUUGCUGGUACCUGAUGAGACUUACACCUGGCAGGAGCUCUGGCCAAAGGAAGCAGAAGGAGGCAGCCAUUGCAAACAGGGUCCCUGCAGUAAUGGAGCCCACUAAUGCAAUCCAGAACAUGGUCUGUUCUUGCAGAGAAGAGUAAGGGAGGUGGCCUGGAGGUGGGGGCGGGCUUGGCUCUUGGGCAGUUAGGAAGCAGAGAGUGCAGGUGGGCAAUGGACCAGGCCUGUGUCACACUCAGGACCCAGGGCAGGCUACACCUUGCCCUGCUUGUUUCCCACAAACCCUGUAGCUGUGAACAGAGCAGAUCCCACUUGUGCCUUGGAUAGGAGAUGCCAGCAGAGGGUGAGGAGCAUCAUGACUAGCAAGCCAGGCUUGCCUCACCAAUCAUGUGCUCUCUACUGACAAUUAUGUUUUCCCUGGCAGAGUUGAAGAACUCAGGCCCAGUGCUCUGUAACUCAGACCAAAGGGAUUAGGCCACACCUGGGGAAGGGCACAAAGCUGCAGUAUUGGGUGGUGGCAGACAGUUCCUGCAGGAGAUGGGAAUGGAGAGUGAGCGGGUAGCGAUGGCACCUUCCUGCAUACCUCAUGGUGGGCUAGAGCCAGUGCUCUGGCUCCUUUCUGCGGGUCCUAUGGUCAGGCCUGGGGUGAUCUGAGCUCCUGAAUCCCUAUAUCAGGUCCCUGUGAUGGCAUCAGGCACAGACGGGAUGAAUGCAGAGAUGGGUGGGUAAUUUAGUGAGUGGGCAAAUGAGUCCAGUCUGGGAAACUCCACUUCAAGGGGCCCUGCGGGAUGUCACCCAGCUGCUGAUGACCUGUGUGACCAUUCCUAUCUUGGCCGGAGUAGUGCAGUUUGGGCUCUCAACUGGGUGAGCUCCACUUUCUCACCACUCCUCACCACUUCUCUCAAUACUGCAGAAUCCAAGCUGGUGGCAUUGGGCAUUGCCCACAUGGCAGGGUAAAGGAGCCCCAGUGGUGGGUGGAGCAAUCCCCCGAAACUGCUGCUUGCUUGGUUCCUUCUACUCCAAGUCACAGACUUUGUCUCCACCCCUGGGCUGCUCUCAGUCCCCAUGCAUGCUUUACAUGGCCCCACUCCUAACGUGAGCUCCCAGAGCCUCCACCCCAAGAGCCGCCUGCCUUCUCGCUGUACAUCCCCCAAGCCUGCCUCCAGCCCAAGCAACCCUUGGGUCCAUCCUUAUCCACCCCCAUCGACUCCUACUUGGGCCUUCUGGCCAUGGCCCCUCCUUUCCCAGCUCUUGGAAAAGCAGGUAUGACUGGGUUCUGUUCUGCUUAACGUGCUUUAAACGCAUCCCUUGCUUUCUGGCUACAGCUGCUCCUCAGCCUGGAUCUGAGAGCCUCUCCAAGGGCCCUGUGUCCCCUCCCUGCCGCUCUGCCUCCUAGCUCCACAGGUAUUUGGGUUCCUUAACUGCCUUCCCCUCCAUCCCCACACAGUACCCUGGAUCCUGGCGCUCUUUCCUGGCCUGCCCUGUGCUCAGUCCUUUAAUGCUGCUCCUGCAGGAGUACCAGGACCUGACUCCAGGAACCUGCCCCAUUCAUGCCCAAUUGUGUGCCCUGUGCGGCCUUACUGCUAACUGUGAUUAAGUUACCUUAGAGUGAGUGCCUAGCGUCUGCUCUGCUGCAGUGUACUGUCUACAAGGGCAAAGUAGUGUGUCUGUUUAUAGCUCUGGACUGCAGCUCUCCAUAACAUUUUUAAAUAAAUGAACAAGGCUCUUAAGCCAUGACAGAUAGGCCCGGCUCCCUGGAGUCUCUGAACAAUUACAUUAAGGCUGGCUGGAUGCCCUGAGUGAAACCAUAUGAAUCCUAUGUGACCCUGUCCUGUCUUCCCAACUUGGGGCUUUUCCAAGGACAGGGCCUGGCCCCAGUUUUCCAUGAUUGCUGAUCUCAGUGGGGAAACCAGGACACUCCUGGCCACUUCCUGUAGGACACAGAUUACUGUUCAUGGCUCUAGGGACCCGCAAAGGCUUUAAAAGGAAAGUGACCCUCAAAUUUUGGGUUAUAUUGUGCUCCUGCAUACAGACUUGGGGAUUGAUCCCGGAACAAUUGAAAAUGAUGCUGUAGGGCUUUGCAGAUGAGCCAGUGGCAGGAAGCUACCCUGUAAAUGGUGCCCUGCAUCUUUUCUUCUCAUAUGCCUGCUGCAUGUGUCAAUCAUCAGGGACCUGCCCUUGAUUUCUGGAGGACAGUGUUUUGAGUCAUUCCCCACCCACCACCACAUGUUCAUGCACAGACCCAGAACUAGGCUGAUUUACAGAAGGCUAUAUCAACACACAGAUUACACAGACACACACACACACAACCAGACAAAGCCAGGAUACUGGGGAGGGGGGGUUCCAGAGUCAUGCUGUCACCGGCACUGCCCAUCCCUGACCCUUAAAGGCCCUACUGCCUCUGCCCCCACCAGCCAUUGUUCACAAUACAGGACAAUUCGUAGCAUGCCUGGAGCUGGCACACACACGGACCCUCUGUCCCCACAUGUACAUACAUCACAGGCUGGGUCGCAAAUAGAAAUGUGGGUCCUCUUCCAAUGAGAUCACCUGCUUCCCUCCUGCCCACCAACAUCCUUAUAGUAAUGUUUAUGGGGUCUAUUGUGCAUCAGAUACCAUACUAGGUUCUUAGAGGCACUUCUUUCACUUAGCCCCAAAUUGGAAUAGGUGGUUGGUAAUAUUUCACAGGCAAGGAAAUAGCACAGGAAGGUGAAGAACUUUGCCCCAAAUCAUAAACCUUUGUAAGUGACAAAACUAGGAUUUGAAGUCUGCAGUCUUGUUCUAGAUCCCAUUGGCAAGACCCUACAUUUAUACCUGUUUAUCCUGAGGGUUUCAUUGUGCAAACUGGUACUGUGGCCUCUAUAGCCUUUCUUCCCAUGCUGGUCAGAGGUUGCUUUCCAGCCUCUCCUCUCAUCAGGUCACUGAGCACAGCCUUCUGAAACUUCCAGGGGAGACCCUUUCAGCUAACUGAAGAGGAAAGGGCCAUUCCCAAUCUGCCAUAUUUAGUGCUGAGGUGGGAAUGGGGAUGAAGGGUAUUACAGACCCCUUGGAGGCCCAGCUGAGGACAAGGGCACCUCAGGAGGCAGGGAGAGAGCACAGACUGGGCCCAGCUGUGGGUUCACAUCCUGGUGCUGCCACUUUAGCAGAGUGACCUUGAAUGAGUGAUCUCAUAUCUAUGACCCUGAAUUUCCUAUCUGUAAAAUGGGGAUGUUAAUAUGUAGCUUAAGAGUAUUGUUUUGAUAAUGAAAGUGAAGUACAAUUUGCAAAAUGUGAAACUCAGUGAGGGUAUACAGUAAGUUUUAAAAGAUUGGUUUCCUAAAUUUUAGUGCUUUCAAGUGGUACAGGUUCCAGGGUGUUCUGAUCUUGGGAGUUACUGCCCAAAUACCAGCAAUUACUUGAGACUGGAAUCUUCCCAGGGAACUUACUGCUGCCUAAAUACAGGUCUGUGUUUAUAGUUUUUCAAAGUUCCAGUUAGGACAGUUCUUUAGGCUAUUAUCAGUUGAUACAUUUUGGGAAAUUACUUGGUAGCAAUUGAGAGUAAAGAACCCAUGUGGCCCCAGGGGGAGACACCAGGCUGUAGAAGAGGGCAUUAACUGGAGAUAGUCUUUUAUACCUACCAUACUGGUAUUUUCAAAUACUACAACAUUGUGUUAGGUUGUGGUAAAUUGGUACAAGCAUGUGCCCUUGGUGACAUUUGUAGUAGGCAUCCUCCAAGGUGGCCCCAAUGAUACCAGCUCCUCGUAUUCUUAGCCUUGAGUCAUCCUCUCCCCCUACUCCCCUUGGCUCAAAACAAUGGAAUACAGCAACAUUAAGAGGCUGGUGCUUCUGUGACUGUUAUAAAAGAGGGUGACUUCUGUCCUGCAGCAGACUCUGUUGUCUUUUUGGAUGCAUGUUUUGAUGAAGCAAGUUGCCAUGUUGGAGAGACCCACACAUCACAGAACUAAGGGCAGCCCCUGACAAACAGCCAGCUAAGAACUACGAUCCUCAAUCUAAGAGCCCAUGAAGAAAUCAAUCCUGACAACAACCAUGUGAGCUUCGAAGAGAAUCCUUCCCCAGUUGAGCUUUCAGAUGAUCCCCAAGCCUCAGCCAACACCUGUGAGAGUCCCUGAAUCAGAGGACAGCUAAGCUGUGUGUGUAUCCUUGACCCACAGGAACAAUGAGACAAUAAAUGUGGGUUGUAUUAAG